UAGAUGGGUUUCAAUAAAUUAGCGACAAGAACGCCGCAUAGAUUAGAUCCAAUACUUCGACAAACCAGACAACAUCAAUAUUUUUGGAAUAAACCUUACUAAAAAUGGCUGAAAAAGCAGAACAGGGUGUCCAGCCUGUACUUUUACUUAAAGUGACCCCCAGUACAACACCCCUUUUCGAUUCAAUCGAAAUGUGCAACGUGGAUACUGAGAGCCGGUCCUCUGCCGGCUCGGAUUCGAAGAAACUAAGCGAUGAUUGUCCCGAAGUUGUAGUAGUGGAUGAAAGAGAAAAAUGGGGGAGCAAAAUGGACUUUCUUCUCUCGUGUGUUGGCUAUGCCGUGGGUCUGGGCAAUGUCUGGAGAUUUCCCUAUCUCUGUUACUCAAAUGGUGGAGCCUCAUUUCUUUUGCCCUAUAUCCUGAUGUUGGCGUUCAAUGGCGUGCCAUUGUUCUUUAUGGAGCUUGCUCUUGGCCAGUACUUGAGCUUGGGGCCCAUCGGAGUUUGGACCGCUAUGUGUCCUAUGUCGCGAGGCGUAGGCUUCGCGAUGAUCAUGAUCUCGUUUCUCGUGAGUAUCUACUAUAACAUCAUCAUAGCAUGGGCGAUACUCUUCCUAUACAACUCGUUCCGUGCGCAAGUCCCUUGGAAGACAUGUGACAACGACUGGAACUCACCCUUUUGUCGUGAAAAGCGCUUUGGGAACUUCUCGUUCAACUGCACAGAGCUCGGACUUGCAGCUAACUGUACUCCAAAGUUUACGUCACCACCCGAAGAAUUCUUCAACAAAGCUAUCCUGAACAUCAGCAGUGGGAUGGACAAGCUUGGAAGCAUUCAGUGGCCCAUUCUGCUAUGUCUCAUCCUUUCCUGGCUCCUCGUCUACUUCUGUCUUGUUAAGGGGGUUAAGUCGUCGGGAAAGGUCGUGUAUGUCACUGCUACCUUUCCUUACGUCAUCCUGGUGAUCCUGUUUGGGCGUGGCGUAUCGUUGGAGGGGGCAGUGGACGGUAUCCUCUUCUAUGUCAACCCGGAAUGGGACAAACUCCUGAACCCCGAGGUUUGGGUGCGUGCGGCCACUCAGAUCUUCUACUCUCUUGGAAUCGGGUUUGGAUCUUUAGUCACCUUUGCCAGCUACAAUAGGUUCAACAACAAUUGCCAAAAGGACGCGGUUGUCGUUGCAUUGAUCAACUGCGGGACGAGUAUAUUCGCGGGCUUUGUGAUCUUCAGCGUCAUGGGUUACAUGGCCUUCACUCUCGGAACAACUGUCGAUAAGGUCGCUACAAGCGGUCCCGGUCUGGCAUUCGUCGCUUACCCAGAAGCCAUUGCGCAGAUGCCCGUGUCUACGCUUUGGGCGAUUCUGUUCUUUUGUAUGAUUCUUACACUCGGUCUCGACAGCCAGUUCGCUAUGGUCGAGUGCGUCAUCACCGGACUUGUGGACGAGUACCCCAAAUAUCUGAGAAAGUACAAAUGGCUUGUACUCAUCGUCGCUUGUUUACUGAUGUUCCUUCUCGCUGUGCCGAUGUGUGCUGAGGGCGGUAUGUACGUCUUUAAUCUGUUUGACUACCAAUCAGGCGGAAUCGCGCUUCUUUUCCUGGGAUUCUGCGAGGUCAUGUUUAUUGGAUGGGGAGUUGGAACUGAAAAACUGAGUAUUAUGAUCAAGAACAUGAUCGGCAAAAAACCCAACUGGUACUUCAUCUUCUGUUGGAAAUUCCUCUCCCCCGUUGUUUGUCUGGCUGUCAUCGUGGCCCAGCUGGUAAUGUGGAAAGGAGUGAGCUAUGGCGGGAAGCCUUACCCUGGAUGGGCCGAGAUUGUUGGUUGGGGACUGGCACUAUGCUCAAUGGCGUUAAUACCGAUAUUUGCGAUCAGUGAAUUCUACCAUGCAAAGGGGUCCACCUUUCGGGAGAAACUAAGAAAUGGGAUGACCCCAAACCCCGAGAUCUUCCGCGAUGUUGAAGAGAAACAACGCGUUGGACGAGGUGUAGAUAACCAGGAGGUCAUUCCCUGAACACCUCACUCAGUAGAAAGGGGAUGACGCAUGACUUUUGUGCGAUAUCGAGACUUUUAGCACAUUGACUUGGAAGAAUUCAUCUCAACGCUAGGGUUCCACAGUGACCCUUCUGUGAUAUAAGCUAAGUGUACUGAUUAUCGGUGUAAAUACAAGAUACGGAGCUAGAUAAUUUAUUCAGUACAUAUACACCUAUUUCAAAUAAGGUUGCAGUGGAGAAUCCAUGUAUUGAAACCCUCAGUGCCCCAUGGGUAUCAAAUAAGUUAUCAAACAAACGUAAAUAAAAACAUAUACAGGUCUGGAAAGCAGUAAUAUUCUUGUUUAUGUCCCUUUGAACAUUCACAUGACUUUCUGAGAUCUGGAUUUAGCCAUUUAAUCGUUAUCCAUGAACCGCUGCAGGUUACGACACUUUGAUUCCCAACUCAACUGCUAUUUGAUGAAACUGUGGUUACUUACGAUGCCAAGAGUUUGAACAAUUAUUGAGCAAUAUUUUUCAACAACGACUGUGCAAUGCUAAUGCGCACCUCAAAUAGAAGCAUCACUUUCCCCAGAGUAAAGCAUCAGAAAGACAAACAUUCGCAAAAAAUAAACCAAACAAGUGAAUGAAGCAUCUGUAAUACAACCCUACGUUACGAUCACCAUGCUAUGACAUGCCAUGAGUUCAUUAUCCGAAAUUUCAGUUGAUUAUUUGCAGAGAAGUUUCCAUUUCUGAGACGAGUUUUCGAAUGUUGUCACUCACUAAGUGUCGCAAAUCCCCAGAAAUGAAAGAGAAACCAAAAUCGCAUAAAUCAUCAAUAACUUCCAUAAGGAAAAAAAGCUUUUCGGUUUAUAAACACGACAAUGGGGUUUCUUGCCGCUAUUUUGAACGAAACUUUGCAUUGAAAAUUUGAAAACUGGUUUCAAGAUUGGAAAUUGAUUGGGGGCACGCUUGACCUGGUUUGGCUGUAAAAUGUGAUUCCUUAUUUAUCAUAUAACGUCCGCGAGCUGAGGGGGAAGGGGUGAAGUGGGAAGAGAUGGACGAAGGGAACUUUCUAGAUCCCUUAAAAGAAUUGCAUUCGUACUUUAAUUAUUUGUUACAAAAUAGUAUUUAGUUAUUUUUUGAACAAGCUUAUUUAACUGUUCAUCAAAGUCCAAAAAGAAAGUGGAAUUGACAUAAUAGAUUUUAAUAAUAGCAAAUUAAAGAUUGAUUUUGAUAGACGGAGUUGAU